GAUGCCAAGAAUCAAGCAGAAAACUGUCGUAUGGACUGCAAAUCGCGAUAAUCUGACGCUCCCAAGUGACGCGGCUUUGAUAUUCAAUACUGAUGGUAGACUCAUCGUGCAGUUGAAUCAAAGCCAGCAAAUACCCGUUUCAAAUGUUAAUCAAUCGGCUUCGUCGGCCUCGAUGCUUGAUUCGGGUAACUUUGUGCUCUACGAUUCAGAAUCGAAGAUCAUAUGGCAGACUUUUGCUUCUCCGACGGAUACUAUUGUAGAAGGACAACCCCUUUUGGCAGACAGAAGAUUGGUGUCUAGCAUAUCCGAAACCAAUCAUUCGAGAGGAAUAUUCGAACUGAUUAUGCAAGAUGAUGGAAAUUUGGUAAUGUAUCCUACUGAUCUAUCUCCAAGAAUAUCAGCUUAUGCUUAUUGGAGUACCUUUACUUCAUUAGCAGGAAAUAAUGUGAGUUUACAUCUUGAUGCAGACGGCCAGUUAUACAUGCUAAAUAGUACCGGCUUUGUUAUCAAGACUCUCAGAAAUAGGGGAACCGUGUCUGGUAACUCGAUCCACCGUGCAACAGUUGAUGCAGAUGGAAUAUUCAGGUUGUAUUCACAUAAUCUGGAUCAGAAUAGUGAUUGGUCGAUUGAGUGGAAAGCUCCGGAAAACAUAUGUGACCCGAUUGGCUUUUGCGGCUUGAAUUCAUAUUGUACUAUCAUAAAUCAAGGAAGCGAAUGCGCUUGUCUUCCUGGUUUUGAUUUCAUUGAUCGUGGGCAGAAGAAUUUGGGCUGCAGGCGGAAUUCGACUUUAGAUGAUUGUAUCAGCUUCGAAAAGAGUAAUUUUACCAUGCAUGAAUUGGAUAAUUUAUCAUGGGAAGAUGGCCCUUAUUCUACACUCGCGUCAAGUACGAGCAUUCAAUGCAGAGAUUGGUGUUUAGAGGAUUGCUACUGCGAAGCUGCAAUAUACAACAAUAAAGAGUGCAGAAAACAAAAGCUUCCUUUGAGAUUCGGAAGGUUUCGACAAGAUGGACAGAUAACAACUUUCGUAAAGGUAAGCAUUGGAGAAUCUGGAGGGGAAGACAGGCGAUUAGAGCCACCACCCACCUCAACAAAAAACAGAAAUAAGCUGCAAAUUGGUAUUUUAGUUGGUGGUGUUAUAUGUUUAGCUCUUGGGUUGAUUGGCUUAGCAAUAUCUAGUAUACUUACUUUAAGGUACCGUGUUUCGCCGUAUAGAGAACUCUCUGAUGGGGGACUAGUUUUGGAUGCAGCUCUACGGUCAUUUACAUACCAAGAGCUCGUAAUAGCAACCAAUGGUUUCAGUGAGAAAUUAGGAAGAGGAGCUUUCGGAACAGUUUUCAAGGGAGCCUUGUUGAGGGGGCAAACGAGGAUUGCUGUAAAGAAACUAGAAAAAGUGAUGGCCGAUGGAGAAGUAGAAUUCCAGAAUGAAAUUAGAUCAAUUGGUAGAACUCACCACAAAAACCUCGUACACUUGCUCGGUUACUGCCACGACAAGUCCAACAUACUUCUGGUUUACGAGUUCAUGAAAAAUGGAUCACUUGCCGAUUUUCUCUUCAAUUCUGCAGAAAAGCUAAGUUGGGGAGACAGAACUGGAAUUGCUUUAGACAUAGCGAGAGGGAUCCAGUACCUACACGAAGAAUGCGAAACUCAGAUCAUUCACUGCGAUAUAAAUCCAAAAAAUAUACUAAUGGAUGAAAAUUGGCAUGCAAAAAUAUCAGAUUUUGGUCUAGCAAAGCUGUUAAUGCCAGACCAAAGCAAGACGGUGACCGGGAUCAGAGGAACGAGGGGCUAUGUUGCUCCGGAAUGGUAUAAGAACCAGGCGGUGACAACAAAAGCAGAUGUAUACAGUUUCGGCAUUGUGUUUCUUGAGAUCAUAUGUUGCAGGAGAAGUGUUAGUAUGGAUGUUCCUGGCAAUGAAGCUAUUCUUGUAGAGUGGGUUUAUAGUUGUUUUGAAGAAAAUGAACUGCACAAGCUAGUAAAUGGAGAAGAAGUGGAUGCUGAGACAUUGAAGAUGAUGGUGAGUGUUGGGCUCUGGUGCAUUCAAGACGAGCCAUCGUUUCGUCCUUCAAUGAAGAAGGUGGUAUUGAUGUUGGAAGGUUUAGCAGAAAUACCAAUUCCUCCCAUCUCAAAUUCUUUUAGCAAUGUACUUGUAUCAUGAUCUAUAAUCACUUAUUAGUCCCUUCUUCUUGAAAUGAAUAGAUCGAUUAUUUUCUUAAAUAAAUCAGUUUUUCUGUUACCUUUAAAGAGCUAAAGAUAACCAUCUAUAGCUUACACGUUAUGUUAGUGAAGCCUCGGCUGGAUAAGAAUUCAGUUUGUAUUUGAUCGUAUCAUAACCGAAUUGAACUCGAACUUGAUUUUAUGUUCA